AUGGAAGCACUGAGAAAACCAUAUCCAGACUUUUGCCUCCGUGACAAGGUGUAUGUAGUCACAGGAGGUGGAGGUGGACUGGGCUUAGUGUUGGCCGAAGCUAUGAUGCAAGGCGGUGCCCAUGUGCACUGCUUUGAUCGACUGACUCACCCUGGUCCUAAUUUCGUGGCGUCACAUGAAUUAUCAAAGCGAUACAAGGGCUCACUGUACUAUCACCAGAUCGAUGUGAGGAACCAAGAGGAGCUCGAUCGAACCGUGGCAGAUAUUGCAACAAGUCAUAAUAAGAUAGAUGGACUUGUAGCCGCAGCAGGGAUCCAGAAGAUCAAAGAAGCAUUGCAUUACACCCCCGCCGAAGCAAGAGAGAUGUUGGAUGUCAACUACACCGGUGUCUUCAUGUCCGCCAAUGCAGUUGCCCGGCAGAUGAUGGCGCGUGGAACUUCCGGGUCAAUCGUAUUCAUAGCCAGCAUGUCGGGACUCAUUGCCAACAAAGGGCUCCAUUGCCCCGUAUACAACUCGUCCAAGGCAGCCGUGAUUCAGCUCACUCGCAACCUGGCCAUGGAAUGGUCAAAGCAUGGAAUUCGAGUAAAUUCGCAAUGUCCUGGGCACAUUCUGACCCCUAUGGUCCAGAAGAACUUUGAAGAGGUCCCAGGUUUGAGGAAAUUGUGGGAGAUGGAGAAUAUGCUGGGCAGACUGGCAACCCCAGAUGAAUUCACUGGUGCGAUUGUCUUUAUGCUGUCCUCGGCCAGCAGUUUCAUGACAGGGAGUAGCCUGGCCAUUGAUGGAGGGCAUACAGCAUGGUGA